UAUUAAAUGGAUACUACUGCUCAACAAGGACCUAAUUCUAAUCCUCCUUCUAAGCCAGAGGCUACUCUAAACUCAUCAUUAAACCAACCACACAAUUCUCCAGACAAAAACUCUUCUUCAAGUUCAUCUCAAAGCGAAGAAGCCAAACACAAUGAACUCAGUAAUGUUUCCAGGAACUCCACUGUGUUUCUCAGAAGCAGAACUUCUCAUGCUCGUAGACAAGCCAGCGAUAAGAAGUCCAAGCCUUACGACAGUGACGAUGAAAACAGGCUUCACGAGAUGGACCGCAACUGCAGAGCCCAGUUCUUGUACAAUGUGUUCUACAACCUACCUGAGCUGUCUGAUCAUCUCGGAGGCUACAUCAAAGUCAUUGUGUUAAGAGAACACCUGACCAACCAGAACCCAGCUCUGCUGAAGCGAGACUUCUGGGGAAAUGAGUUCUACACCUCUGACUCGGACAUCGUGUGCAUCCUGCAACAUUGUGGCCAGAUAAUUCUGAAAGAAGAUUUGCCUGAUUUCCCUGGAAUUGCAGUCUACUUCAAAGUCAGCAAGAGCAGGUCCAACUACGCCUCUCAUUUCAAGAACGGACUCAGAAGCAGAAAGACUCAGUCGUUCGAUUGCCACUCGCUGAAGUUCGAAUUGGCUGUUCCGCUUGAAAGUGUUGGGACCCAAGACGAGCUCAGCAAAUUGGCUGCACCAAUGUCAACUAAGAAGAGAGGCAUUUGAAGGAAAAACAAACACCCAAGAAAAGCUUCUAGCGCCCACAAAGACAUGAGCAUUGUAUUCAGUCUGAGCGGUGAGCCCAUCAACAAGUUCGACCUCGGAGAGUUCGUGUUCAAAGGUAACGCCAACAAGCCUAUUGCUGAAGCUCUCAAAACAGAAAUCCUGUACAUUGAGACACUGGACAAGCGGUUCGAAAUCAGUUGUAGGUGGAAAUAAAGUGCCUGCUGACGACCAGACCGGAGGUAAGUUCGUGGAGUCUGACACUGUAGAAACCGAAGCCAAGUUUUACAGAGUGGCUGAAGUCAAAGACCCGCUGUUCAAAGACCUCGACUACAUGCGCAAGAGUGGCAUUCCAUUACCAGCGCCAGAUGUCAAGUACAUAUUCAAAGACUUGAAAUGGGACGAACUGUUGUGGGGCGACACUUCUCUGAAGAUCAGAGACACGUUUAAGGUUGAGAACAUCAAUGGCUACAUAUUCCACCAGACUGAAGAUGAUGAUGAGGAGGAAGAUGAGUAGAUACGAUAUAUUUGUUAGAAAUGGCACAUAAAUCACUAUUUUCA